AUGAGCUUCGGCAAGCAGACGAAGAAGGCCAAUGUCUCGGCGCAAUUCGAGGCGACCAAGAGAGCGAGCUCUGGCGUGCAGGGCUCAGAUGCCAAAAAGGAAGAACUCAAGGCACCAUCCGCCCCUAAACCACCUUCACCCCGCCGAAAACCCGCAGACGACAGCGACUCCGACCCCCUCCUCUCCGAUUCUGAUUCCGAAGACGGCGACAACACCUCCCUCUUUCCCAUCAGCCACGAACUUGUCCUCAAAGACCACACCAAACCCGUCUCCGCUCUCUCCCUUGACCCCUCUGGGGCUCGCCUAAUCUCCGGUUCCUACGACUACAAUCUCAAAUUCUGGGAUUUCGCAGGCAUGGAUCCGAGUACUUUGAGGCCGUUUAGGAGUAUGGAGCCGAAUGAGGCGAAACCGGUACAUCAUGUUGAGUGGAGUAUUACGGGGGAUAGUGCGCUUGUUAUUCCGGCGAGUUCGCAGGCGCAGUUGGUUGACCGGGAUGGUGAUAAGAUAUGUGAGUUCGUGCGUGGGGAUAUGUAUAUCCGUGACCUGAGGGGGACGAGUGGACAUGUUGCGGAACUCACUUCGGGGACAUGGCAUCCCACUGACAAAAAGCAGUUCGUUACGGCGUCGGCGGAUGGAACGGUUCGUGUUUGGGACGUCAAUAAUACGAGGAAGCAGGUGAUGGUUGGGGUGCAUAAGAGUAAGACUCCGGGUGCUGGGAGGGUGAAGAUCAGUGCCGUGCUUUGGAGUCCAGAUGCGAGGUUCGUGGGUGCGGCGGCUGUUGAUGGGACGGUGAGUUUGUGGGAUGGGAAGGCGAGGUCAUGGAGUCGGCCUGCGAAUGUUAUUGAUGCCGCUCACCUGAAGAAUACGGAGACGAGCGGGAUCGUGUUUUCGCGGGAUGGGAACUUUAUGGCUACUAGAGGCGGUGACGAGACGGUGAAAGUGUGGGAUACCCGAAACCUCAAGAAGCCGCUGUCGACGCGUUCCGGCCUCUCCACCAACAACGCCGAAACAAACAUCAUCUUCUCCCCCGACAACAGAUACCUCCUCACCGGCACCUCGGUCCCCUUCAACUCCCCCACCCCUGGCACCCUCGAAAUCCUACACGCCGGGGACCUCAAAUCCGCCGCCUCGAUCCCAAUUUCCAAUUCCUCCGUCAUCCGUGUUCUAUGGCACAGCAAAAUCAAUCAAAUUAUCACUGGAUCCGCGAAUGGAGAUGUCAGAGUGCUGUAUUCGCCUGAGGAGAGCGUGCGGGGUGCGAAGCUGUGUGUUGGGAAGGCUCCGAGGGUCCGGCAUAUCGAUGAAGACCCCAGUAUGGCCGCGGAUAUCGAUCCCAGCGCCGCAUCGAUUAUCCUCCCGAAUGCACGUCCCGAAGAUCGCAAUGAGACCUUCUCCAACAAGACAAAGGCGAACAUGGCCCGUAAAAACCCCAUCCUCUCCCGCCGCCCACAAAUCCCUGCAGCACCUGGUCCCCUCGGCGGCACUCCCGAUCAGAGACAUGUGGACGAGAAUAUCGUGGGAAGUGAUAUGAGAAAUGAGGAUCCAAGAGAGGCGUUACUGAAGUUUGCGGAGAUUGCGGAGAAGGAUCCGAUGUUUUUUGGGGUUUAUAAGAAGAAUCAGCCGAGGAAUAUUUUGGCGGGGGAGACUGGGGAGGAAGAGGAGGAGGAGAGGAAGAAGAAGAGGAGGGUACUGUGA